CCAUCCAUCCAUCUGUAUGAACGGACGUUCUUGUUCUUGUUCGUCACUUGGAGCUGAUUAGACUUUUAUCAUUCACGUCUUUCUACAACAGGAUUUCAUUCGUUUGCGUAAAAUACAACUAACUAUUAUCGCUCUGACCUUUUUUUUAUUGCACCCCGUUGUUGCCCUGACCUGAUUAUUCCUUUAAGUUAACCCCCGCACUGCCGAGGGUCUUCUCAUGGCCUGUCAUGUGACCGACCUUAGACUCAGGCAAAGUGAAUCGAACGCUCCUUCCUCUCGGCGCAGAGGAAAGGAGAUGCAGCCGAAUUCUGCCCACGGUAACGAUUCGGUUCACGGUGCCUGUGGCCCCGGUGAUGAUGUCAUCAGACACCGUCGGACUCGGAGUUAAAGGAGUCUCCGACGACACUGAGUGAGUGGCGGGGAGUGUGUGUACGGUCUGCCUCAGUUUCCAGAAAACUCCUACAAAAUGACAGAGGAAGACGUGAAGAGACUGAUUGAGUUCAGGGCGUCCAAUGAAGUUCUGUUCACUGGGAAAAGAAACUCGGCCAAGAUCGCCUGGAGCACCAUCCUCAAAGGUCUGGGUCUGGAGGGGAAACUGACUGCAGACCAGAUCUCCAAGAAGUGGGACAACCUGAGAACAAAGUACAAGGACCUGAAGCAGCCAUACCAGGAUCAGGAGAACCUUGGUGCUGUGGUCGAGUCCUGGCCCUGGUUCCACAUCAUGGACAAGGCCAUGCAGGGGCGACUCUACAACAGCAAUUUGGUUCUGAGCCCAGAGAACAACAACAUCAGCAUCCCCCUCACUGGUCACCGUGGCAACACUCCAACCAGCCGGAACCAGGACAACACGGACAUCUUGGAGUUUCUCAUCAAGACGGAGAUGGAGGAGUCGGUCGCUGCAGAGGUGGCGGAGGACGAAGGGGUGUCCCACGUCGAGGCGCCUCCCAUUGAGGGAGUGCCCCUCAUGGGUUGGAGGAGGAUGAGCGAGUGCUCCUAUAAAAUGACGGAACCAGAGACGGAGCAAAUGAUCAAACUCCGGGCCGCCAACGAGGCGCUCUUCACUGGCAGGAAACACUCGGCUAAACCCGCCUGGAGAGCCAUCCUCUAUGAACUGGGUCUUCAGGGCAAACUGACCACGGAUCAGUUGGCCAAGAAGUGGGACAAUCUAAAGAGGAGAUACAAGGAGCUCAAGUUUCCUGCUCGAGGCACGGAGACCAACCCCAGCUCCUGGCCCUGGUUCUAUCGAAUGAACGAAGCCAUGGAGGGACGUCUGGCCGGGGCCGCACCCAUCCUCACCCCCAUUGUGGAGGACGAGGAUGAAGACUGCGAGUCUCUGUCCCCCACACCAAAGAAAAGAGCCCGGAGGAGCCGAGGAGGGAUGGCUGAGUUCCUGACAGAGUCUGAGAUAGACCUGCUGGUGGAUCAUGAGGACAAGAACGGUUCCUCAGCUUUGGGGGAGCUGCAGAAGAUGACGGAGUUCACCUACAAAUUGACAGAAGACGACACACGGCGACUGAUUGAGUUAAGAGCUGCUAAUGAGUCUUUGUUCACUGGGAGGAGAAACACAGCCAAACCUGCCUGGAGAGGAAUAGUCAAGGAGUUGGGUCUAACGGGGAAGAUAACACCUGACCAGGUGUCCAAGAAGUGGGACAACUUGAAGACCAAGUUCAAGGACCUGAAGUUCCCACCUCGAGGGAUGGAGAACCAGACCAACCCGGCGUCCUGGCCCUGGUUCCAUCUGAUGAACGACGCCCUGGAGGGACGUCUGGUAGACAAGGCUCCCAAAGUGACUCCUGUCUGGAGCAACGAGGAGGACGCUGUCUUUGGCCCCUCUUGUCCUGCUGCUGCUCCUGCUCCUCCUGCAGACAGAGACUGUCUAAUGGCAGACAGUGUGUCGGAGCUGGAGAGCAUGGUGGAAGGAGACCACGGCGAGAGCGACGCCAACAUCACCUACAUCGACGCCAGUGGAGAGGAGUGUUUGACCCCCACUGAUCUGUCCUACAAGAUGACGGACCAGGACACUCGGAGGAUGAUCAAACUACGGGCCUCCAACGAGGCCUUGUUCACCGGGAAGAGGAACGCUGCCAAAGGUGCCUGGAGAGCCAUCCUGAAGGAGCUGGGUCUGCAGGGCAAAGUGUCAACCAAUCAGAUCUCAAAGAAAUGGGACAACCUGAAAAGAAGGUUCAAGGACCUGAAGUAUCCUCCUGUAGGGAUGGAAAGUGUGGCAGACAGCGCCUCCUCCUGGCCGUGGUUCCACCUUAUGAAUGAAGCGAUGGAGGGUCGUCUGAGCAACAGCGCCCCCCUCCUCACCCCAGUCACUCAAGAGGACGAUCAGUUCCCAGACCCCGCUCCACGACACAGGCUCCGCCUCAGCCACCCUCCUGCUCCCCCUCCGCCGGCUCCUCCGUCCACAGAUUACGUACAGGAGGCGUUCUGUGACACCUCUGUGGAGCAGAACCAGCGGGGCCCGGAGGCGUGUGGGUGUGAGGGUCAACUGGGAGGACUGGAGCGGGAGUGGGAGCUGGUGGAGAGGGAGAGGACCACGUUGGAGAGGGAGAGGGAGUUGGUCGAGAGGGAGCGGGCGUCACUGGAGCGGGAGCGGGCGACCAUUCAGGGAGAGCGACUGUGGUUGGAGCGGGAGAGGGCGACCCUGGAGCGGGACCGAGCCAUGGUGGAGCAGGAGCGGGCGGCGCUGUCCAGAGACAGGGAGGUCCUGGACCAGAGGGCCAUGAUGCUGAACUCAGUAGGACACUCCACACACCUGAACGGUCUCAUGUAGACCUGGACCUCCAGUGGACGUGAAUUGCCCUCGUAGACCUGAAGAUCAGCUGGUGGUCAGUUGGGGGGGUGUGGACCUGCAAUCUGGACCCGGACGAGAAGGACAGCAUGGAAUUAAGAGGAGGCGCAGAUCUGCUGGACAGCUUUGUUUGGAGGCUGGUUCUUGUUUGUCCACAGGACGGACCAUGUGUGGACCGGUCCAUGAGGACAGCGUGUGGUUCUGUCGUGGGACCAUGUGAAGGAGCAAGGUUUUGAGUUCAGACUAUGACCUUUUUUAAAUUCUGUUUGAAUUCUGUUCAGACACAGAGCUCCCCCAGUGGUGAUGUUUUUAAAGCACAUAUACGUGGAGUGGUUCUGAGGUCCGGACCUCCUCCACACUUUCAUACAAGCUGGGGUUCGAGGCCCUGAGAUUUGUCCACUGUUGUUUUCCACUAAGACACAGCCAAAUAAAAUAAAGAGCAGGAAGAGUCCCAGAACCAGA